AUGGACCACUGGGGCUUGCAGGAGCUCCGAGCCAACCUGAGUGACGUGCCUGUUUUGUUCCUGCCGGAAUGCGUGCUGGAACUAAUCUGCAAGGGGCGAUGGCCGACAAUUGUUCUUCAUGCUGACGGUAACCAUCGAAGCGCACGUAAUGUCAACUUGGAGGCUUUGAAGUUUCUCAGGAAGCCGUCCAACGAGCUGUUAUGCAUGGUACUGGUGUACGUUGAUGACUUCCUCAUGUGCUUUCAUGAGACGUACGACAUCUCAGUCCUCAAAGGGAUGUUUAAGUGGGGAGAAUGGACCGAUGUCCGGAAAGGCAUCAAGUUCAAGGGCAAGGAACUUGUCCUGGUCCAGCAGCCAAAUGGCGAACUGUGUGUGAGAGUCACGCAAACCGAGUUUACCAGGAACUCGAGCGUUGGCAAAAUCACCAGAGAUCGAAGCCAUGGCAACCCACUGCUCACUCCAGCAGAGAUGACAGAGUUCAGGUCAUGCUCUGGAUGCUUGCAAUGGCUAGCAGGCCAAACGCGGCCAGACUUGGCAGCUGGAGCGACAGAAGAAGUCGGCCUCAUGAUUCGGCCUGUACCACUGAACAGUGAAACUGUGGUGGUAUCGUACGGUGACAGUAGUUGGGCAAAUGCCCAAAACUACAAAUCGCAAGAAGGCAUUGCGAUUGUCAUCACCACCCGUACCGCACUGGAAGGGCUGGACAAGUGUGUGCUCCUUGACUGGAAAACCACAAGGACACCCAGAGUCGUCCGCUCUACCAUCGCGGGUGAAGCGUACGCGGCCGAUGACGCCAUAGACCGGGCUUACCACACCAACUGCAUGAUGACGGAAAUCAUCAGUGGUCAGCCGGUCUUAAAGACAGGGCCCAAGCUGUUGCACGUCCACGCAACAGACUGUAGAAGCCUGUUCGACGCAGUAAUAUCUGCGAACCCGAGCACGGAAGAGAAAAGAGUUCUGAUGGCGGUGAGAGCCAUAGAGGAAGCCCUGGACCCGAAAUGGUUCCGGUGGGUACCAACAGGACUCAUGGUCGCUGACGUCUUGACCAAGGACAGCGACGCCCUGAGAUGGGCUUUCCUUCCAUGGCUGCGAGAGCCUACAUGCCACCUUCGGGAGGUGAGACAGUAG